AUGAACCCAAAAAGCACCAGGCCCAAACACGAUCCAAUUUAUCCAUCCAACAGGAGCGAAGACAACCGCACGACAGUCCCCGGACGAAGCCCACCAGACAGCACCCAAAAUGAAUCACCACCCUGCAGCAACCGACAACCCUCAGAUGAUGUCACAGUGUUCGACGAAAAUCGCCUUGCUAAGCUACUGGUUAAGACUCUCCUCCCCUCAUUUGCUAAAGAAAUUCGCCUGCAAGCACUCAUUGCCUACCAGAUUGACGGAGAGAACUACCGAAGCCUCAUCGUUGACCGAUGUUUCAAACGAGUUACAGAUGAGGACGUCGACAGGACAAUAGCUGCUUCACCGGAGCCUGUUUCAGCCUCUCCCCUAAACGACUCCGGCGUCGAAUGUGGCGAUGCUCCUGUUAGUGCAGAAACAGGAGAACCUGCAACGCAGUCAACCUCCCGAAGGAAGAGGAAGUUUUGCCGACCUUGUAAGAUUCCACAGAGUCCACAAACCGUUAAAGAUGAACCAUCACCCAAUAAAGUUCCUUAUUUGGAAGCACCGCUAGUCAGUCAGGCUCCCAAGCCUAACAAUCCGAUCGCUCCGACCCUCAUGAACGCCCUCGCCAGUGCCACUCAGUUGGAGUCGAAGCAACAAGUACCGAUCCUUCCCAAUCUAAAUUCCACUCCUUCCCCAACCGCCAAGCUUAUCCUCCCCCUAACGACCGUCACAAAGGUGUCCAGUAGCACGCCCCGUCCCAUUCUUCCACGUCCAAUAAAUGCCAACGCAAACACUCAGUUGGCACCACUACAACCCCUCCUAAGUCUUCCGGAGACCUUCAUAGACUCGGUCGACCCAUCCGAAUCUGAAGACAGCUUGACGGCCACGCGUCGCUACGGAAAGUCCUUUGUCUGUAACCAAUGCAAACUCGCGUUUCCCUCUCUUAACGUACUGUGCGAACACACUUACUCCCAACACAAGGCCUUCCGAUGCAACUUUUGUGGAGCUCAAUUUACGCAGCGUUCGAACCUCCAGAGGCAUUCCCUGCGACACGUGGGCUUCAAGCCGUUUGUGUGUGGGGUCUGCCAGAAGGAAUACUACCGGAAGGACCACCUCGUUCGGCACAUUGAAGUCACACAUCCAGGCACGGACUCGAGGAAAAAUAUCAUUGUAAAAUUGACGUCCGCCGAAUGUUUGGAUUAUCUGGACGCCAUCACACAACAGCAUAAUCAACUGCAGCAGCAGCAGCAGCAGCAGACUACACCAGAGCAGGCAAGACACGAGGAUGAGAUUGCACCAGUGGCAAUUGCAGCGGUGACCGCGGACACAACCAGCACAACGGCCGUCUGA